AUGUUUCUCCACGGAGAGAAGGUCGAAACGACUCCAUUUCAUACUGCCCUGCAGAACUUUUUGCAAUUUCUAAGAAAUAUAGGCAAAGUCAUCACGUUGGUUGCUCACAAUGGAUUCACGUUUGACGCACGAUUUUUAAUUAGAGAUAUACGCGCUUAUAAUCUAUUGGAGGAGUUCACAUCAGUCGUUUAUGGAUUUACCGAUACUCUUCUUGUCUUGAAAGCGAAAUUGCCUUCCCGAACUGCGGCUAAGUUCAAAUUCACGCAAGUCGAACUUGCAAGUGAUUUGCUUGGCGAGAAUGUUGCAGCCGACGCUCACAAUGCGUUGAACGAUGUCAGAAUCCUUCAGCGAAUCGUCGACAAAGCGGAAGUCACACGUGAAGAAUUAAUGGAUCGCUCAAAGUCUGUGACUGCUAUGGUGCAGAUAAUUGAAAGGUCCACUUUGAAAAAUAAAAACAAGUUCACAAUGGAUUGCAUGCAGGGAUCCGUCUCAGUCGGCAUGAUUGGUAAGAUGGCAGAAGCAGGGAUCACUCUUGAUCUUUUGCAACAUGCCUAUAAAAAAGGCAGUAAGGGUAUAGAGCUUUUACUGGGCGAAGAUAUUGGAGGACGUCCAAGGAUAACAAAGAAUAAGAAGAUACUCCAAAACGUUAUCUCCGAGGUCAAAAAGACCAUAGAAAGCACGCAGAGCACGGAGAGGAACACGUGA